AUGCCCGCCCUCCACCCGUACGGCGGCUCAGUCCGCAAGCUCGUCCUCGGGAUCGACGUCGGUACCACCUACUCCGGCAUCGCCUACGCCAUCCUCGACCCCGGAGAGGUUCCCGUCAUCCACGGCGUCACCCGCUUCCCUGGCCAAGAGAAUGCUGCGGGAGACUCCAAAAUCCCAUCUAUACUCUACUACAAGCCCGAUGGUUCCGUCGCGUGCGCCGGCGCAGAGGCCGCGCUGCCCGGAACAGACCUCGAAGUCGAGGACAACGACUACCGCUUCGUUGAAUGGUUCAAGCUGCACCUGCGCCCGGAACACCUCGACGCUGGCGAGAUCAAGCGGCGCGACCUCCCUCUGUUGCCGCCCGGCAAGACCGUCGUGGACGUCUUCGCGGACUUCCUCACGUACCUCUUCCGGUGCUCGAAGCGCUACAUCUGCGAGACGCACGCGAAUGGGGACUCGCUCUGGUCGUCGCUCGAAGACCGAAUCGAGUUUGUGCUCUCGCACCCGAACGGCUGGGAGGGUGCGCAACAAGGAAAGAUGCGUCAAGCUGCGGUCAUGGCCGGCCUGGUACCCCAGACACCUGUGGGCCAGGCGCGCGUGCACUUUAUUACCGAGGGCGAGGCGAGCCUGAACUUCUGCGUUCAGAGCGGCCUGACGGACGAAACGAUGCGGGACGGCCAAAGCGUGGCCAUCGUCGACGCUGGUGGAGGGACGGUGGACAUCAGCAGCUAUAGCUUCGUCUCCGUUUCACCGCUCGUGGUUGAGGAAGCGACUUCCGCGGACUGCCUCCUUCAAGGAUCGACUCGCGUCAACGUACGAGCCGAAGCGCAUAUAAGAAAAAUUCUGAAGGAAUCGAAGUUCGGUAACGACGACGACAUCAAAUCCAUGCUUGACUACUUCGACAAGGCAACGAAGCCGGUUUUCAAGGACGACGGGGAGUCGUCUUACAUCAAGUUCGGCUCAAUGGGAUGCAACGACCCCAGUGUGAAGAUCCGGCGUGGCCAACUGUUGCUCACGGGGGCCGAGAUGUUGUCCUUCUUUCAGCCUUCUAUUGACGCCAUCGUAACUGCUGUGGUGAAGCAGCGGGAGGAAGCAGCGAAGAAGUUCAAGACAGUCUUCUUGGUCGGGGGGUUUGCUGCUAGCCCGUUCUUGUACUCUGCUUUGAGAUCCAAGCUAGAAACACUCGGACUAUCGCUGUGUCGCCCAGAUUCUCACACGAGCAAAGCUGUCGCGAACGGAGCAGUGUGCUUCUUCCUCCAACGCUUCGUGGCCGCGCGUGUUAUGAAAGUGACUUACGGGGUUGAGAUCAACGCCUGGUUCAAGCCAAAAGACGCCGAACACGUCGCCCGCAUCGCGAACACCUUUGUUCAUCCGUCUGGCCACACUAUGGUACGGAAUGGAUUCUCGCCAAUCCUCGGAAAAGGAAAGAGCGUCCGCGAGACCGACGAGGUAUCACAACCGUACCACGUGUGGUCGGACGACUCGCGUGCCCUUGACAGAAUCGCGUGCGACAUCACGUGUUACCGCGGUCCUGGUGCGAGUCCGCGUUGGACGGAUGUCGACCCUGAACUCUUCACGAUGCUAUGCACCGUCCACGCGGAUACAUCACGCGUAACACGGAAGCCAAAGCAAGGACCCAAAGGAACAUACUACGAGCAAUGUUACGAUGUGAUCUUACUGUGUGGGCUGACCGAGUUGCAGGCGCAAAUACGUUGGAUCGAGAACUUCAUUAAUUGUAGCGGCCCUGCAAAGAUCGUGUAUGACGAUGACUUACAUGCAUUCCAGUAG